CCGCUGCCGCCCGCCCAGGCCGCCCGGCGCCCGAACUGCCCGCGGGCUGGGUUCCCGCGGCCCGAGCCGCUCCGGCCCGGCCCCCAAACAAGGCCGAGAUGACUUCCAAGGAGGACGGCAAGGCGGCGCCGGGGGAGGAGCGGCGGCGCAGCCCGCUGGACCACCUGCCGCCGCCCGCCCACUCCAACAAGCCGCUGACGCCGUUCAGCAUCGAGGACAUCCUCAACAAGCCGUCUGUGAGAAGAAGUUACUCGCUGUGCGGGGCGGCGCACCUGCUGGCGGCCGCUGACAAGCACGCGCCGGGCGGCUUGCCCCUGGCGGGCCGCGCGCUGCUCUCGCAGACCUCGCCACUGUGUGCGCUGGAGGAGCUCGCCAGCAAGACCUUUAAGGGGCUGGAGGUCAGCGUCCUGCAGGCAGCCGAAGGCCGAGAUGGGAUGACCAUCUUCGGGCAGCGGCAGACCCCCAAAAAGAGGCGAAAGUCGCGCACGGCCUUCACCAACCACCAGAUCUACGAGUUGGAGAAGCGCUUCCUCUACCAGAAGUACCUGUCCCCUGCCGAUCGCGACCAAAUCGCGCAGCAGCUGGGCCUCACCAAUGCUCAGGUCAUCACCUGGUUUCAGAAUCGGCGAGCCAAGCUCAAGCGGGACCUGGAGGAGAUGAAGGCCGAUGUGGAGUCCGCCAAGAAACUGGGCCCCAGCGGGCAGAUGGACAUCGUAGCGCUGGCCGAACUGGAGCAGAACUCGGAGGCCGCGGGCGGCGGCGGCUGUGGCAGGGCCAAGUCGAGGCCUGGCUCUCCGGCACUCCCCCCAGGCGCCCCGCAGGCUCCGGGCGCCGGGCCCCUGCAGCUCUCACCCGCCUCCCCACUCACGGACCAGCCAGCCAGCAGCCAGGACUGCUCGGAGGAUGAGGAAGACGAAGAGAUCGACGUGGACGAUUGAGCGGCGCCUGGUAUCUUCCGCCGCCCAGGGUUCCUGGAGCCCAUAGGCCCGCCACCUCCCGGACCGGACCGCCGAGGGGAGCUGGGACCUCCUCUACAACUCCCGCCUUCUCCCCUGUCCCUGGCCCGGACUCGGCUCCCAGCAGCCGCCUCUUCCCUCUCGAAGCAAUAAACCCGGGCUGGCCGGCCGGCCGACCGCUGCGCGCGGCCUCCGCCGCCCCGGGAGCCCUUUCCGUGCAGUUCUGUAGGGCUUCUGUAUAAAUAUUUAAACCUAUAUAGCGGGUUCUUACCA